CGGCGAACGCGGAAGUGGAGCAAACAACAACCAGAGAUUGAGGAAAACGAAACAUAAACAGAAUCUCGACCGCAAAGAUGUUUUCUCGAAUUUAGAUCAGUCCAACAUUUACUUAUAACUUCAAGAGGAAAGGGGCUUCUUCGAAAGAUGAACAGUGUGGUCACUGUCAAGCAUUUGGAGAGCUCAGAAGACCUCCCGAAGCCCACUGAUGAAGAGCCAUGUGAGGAAGAAAUGGACACAUCGGAGGCCAAGUGGCGCUGGUUCUAUCUUGCCGAGUGUGGCGUCUGGCAUACGUUUGAAGAAGUUCCCAGCACAGGUUGUUCUGUCACCAAUGAGCAGAUUGAACAAAACUACAACAAGAAUCAGCACGCUUCAAUGGACUUCUAUACUGCUAAAUAUACAUAUAAAUUAGACUUUUCUGCUAUGAAACAAGUUAAUGUGACAACUGGAAAAGAAAGGCCAAUCAAAAGGGCAUUGCAUUCAGCUACUGACUUUAGAUUUAUCUGUGAUAACCCAGCCCUUCCUGUACCCAGUCACUGGGAAAGAGUUAAUACAGAAGAACCCUAUCAGCUCAUUGCUUUAUGCAGAGAUACGUUUGAGUACAAAGAAGUGGCCCGGUUAUAUGAGAGAACCAUGAGCCAGCCCAUCAAAUCCAUUCAAAGAGUACAGAACCUGGACCUGUGGGAGUUUUUCUGCAGGAAAAAGGCCCAGCUGAGAAAGAUAAAACGUAUUAUAGAUGUUGAAGAAAAGAUGCUUUUUCAUGGAACCGGUCACAGUAACAUACAGGCCAUAUGCACAUACAACUUCGAUUGGCGUCUCACAGGAAGCCACGGUGACGUCUAUGGCAAAGGAAGUUAUUUUGCACGCGACGCAAGAUAUUCAAGCAAGUUUUGUCAUUCGACGAGCAAGCACAACUUUAUCCUACAGAGACAUGGUCUAGCGCCCCCUGUUUUCCAGAGCGACCCAUCAUACAAGUGCAUGUUCCUGGCACGGGUUCUAGUUGGGGAAUACACGCUGGGUCACCCCCAGUACUGCAGACCCCCAUCCAAAGACAUGAGCAUUGCCAACUUUUUCGACAGCUGUGUGGACGACAUGAUGAGCCCGAAGAUCUUUGUAAUAUUCGACAGCAACCAGAUCUACCCGGAAUACCUGAUUGAAUUUUACUGACACCAAAGACCAAAAGGAAAUCAGUGAAUUUUCAAAAGAAUGAACAGCGUUUUCAUUCUGAUGAACGUACGGCUCUGUGUGGCUGUGGCUGGUUACUGCAAAAGUGCCUUUGGUGAAAAAACUGUGAAUGGAUAACAAUCUGUGUCUAGGGGGCAGAUUUAAAACAUAUUAAUGGUUUAUAUGAAUUAUAUGAUCAAUUUUAUGUUUUUUAUAACAUAUUAAUUUAUGACACAAAACAAACAUGAAAAUGUAUUUAUGUAAUGAUAUGGAAAAAAAAUAAUUAUUUGGAAUUUGUGUGCAUGAAAUAACUUUUACGUUAUUUACUUUUAUAAUUUCCUGCAAUCCUGUCUUGUGGAAAAAUGGCGCUGGUAGAGUGUGACUCCAUGAAAAGUAUGUACCCUUCAAAUUUGCACAUGUAACAUUUUAUUACUAUUAUUUUUCAUAGCCUACCUCUCCACAAUUCUACCUCUUCUCGUAUAUUUUCAGAAGACAACAGCAAAGAAACUGAUUGCCAAGAGUUUUUCAACACCCAGUUGUUUAAAAUGGAAAUUGAAUGGACUUGGCGACAGAUCAUUUCUUCCAUAUUGUGAUGUACAUCCAAGUGAAGCCGAUUAUCGGAAAAGAAGAAGAAAAAAAAAAUGUAGGGUGGGGUCUUGGUUCUGUCCAGUGGUUGUUGAUUGGAUGGAGGCAUAUCUACAAAUGUUUAUUAUUAAUACUUCCAAUGUCUAAAUAUUUAAAACAAAUAAAACGUAUAUGGAACAGUCA